AUGCCCGCUGUCAUGGACGAUCCGACAAGCCCCACCAUCUACCGGGUCUCCGGCCAGCCUCCAUUCCCGGAUCCGAGCAACCCCGGAUUGCCUGACGAUAUUGUUCCUCGUCAAGUGACAUUACGAGAUCGCCAGACAGUUGCGACGAUUGUGCCUUUUGUCUCGCGGCACCAGCUGCCCGCGUCGCUGUUGGUCUACCUGUGCGACCAGCUGAACCGCGAGAUAGAAGGAGGCGAUACGUACCCCAUGAUGGAACCAUUUACAGUUGACGGCUUUGCAGACUACUGGUUCCAGACCUUUGGGGCGGUCAUGCUGAUGGGAAAUAUUGACAGUGCAGAGGAUGUGAUGAACAGCAAGGACUGGGCGAAAGAGUGUCUCGGAAGCUUCUUCAUCAAACCCAAUUAUCCUGGUCGGAGCAGCCAUAUAUGUAAUGCCAGUUUCAUUACAACAGACGCAUCCCGUAAUCGUGGUGUGGGACGACUCAUGGGUGAAGCAUACAUUGAUUGGGCCCCGAGACUUGGUUACACAUACAGCGUCUUUAAUUUGGUGUACGAAACCAACGUCGCGUCAUGUCGCAUCUGGGACGCACUUGGGUUCAAACGCAUUGGCCGCAUAAAAGCAUGUGGCAACCUCCGAAGUCACCCAGAUAGACUUAUUGACGCCAUAAUAUACGGCCGAGACCUAGCUCCGGGAGAAAGCGAAGAACUCGUCAGCGAGGAACGCUUCGACAAGAUUCGAUUCUACCUCAAGUACGGUAAAUAUCCGAAUGGGGCGGACCGUGCUGAAAAGAGCAGGCUACGGAGCGCAGCAACACAUUAUAAGCUCCUUGAAGGCGACAAGCUGAUGCUCAAGGACAAGGAGGUCAUUUCUGAUCCAGCACGGCAGUAUGAAAUUGCUAGAAACGUUCAUGCUAUCCACCAUGGCGGAAUCAACAAGACGACCGCAACGAUUGCGGAAAAGUUCCACUGGAGCCGCAUCAAGGAGACUGUGAGCGACGUGAUUCGCGCCUGUGUGGAGUGCAAAGAACUGGGCAAGACGCCAAAUCCAGGCGGAAACCGCAAGAAUGGAAGCGCCAGCACACCAACCAGCUCAACUGUGUCCGCCGGUCUCAACGGAAACGAGACGCAACGUCAAGCACAGUCUCCGAUCCAACAGCAAGACGACGAUGUCAACUCUGGACGUGUUCUGACCCUGCAGCAGAACCACGCCGGCCUCAUGGAAGCAUUAUCCCAGCCUGACUCGUCCUCUAGUCCGAGCGCAUACGCCAAUCCCAGUGAUAUCUCCGUCCUAGCUACAACGCAUCAAAACAACCAAAUACUACACGACCCUCACAGUCACGCCCAACAUCCCCACCACAACGAACACCAUAACCCCCAUCACCACCAACAUCACCAUCAUAACCCCAUGCUUCAGGACCAGCCUGCUUCCCACGAAACAUACCAGCCCAUCGAUCCCCAAAUCAUCAAUCACCACGACCACCAGCAUCCUUCUUCGACACAAGACGACAUACCGUUUGAUCAUUACCAUCCCCACGCGGACUUCCAGGCACUCCUCAACGCGACGGAGGAUGUUGUUCCAGGACAGGAUUCUGAUGCGGCUGCCGCGGAAGCUGCGGCGGCGGCGGCAGUGGACAGGGAUCUAGAAAUGCUGAUUGAACAUGACGAAGUGGAUUGUAAUGACGGUGCGAUGGAGGGCUUAGAGGAAGGGAGAAGAAUUGGGCAUAGGGACAGGCUUUACGACGUUGGGUUUGACGGGGGAUAG